GAUGCGAAUCUCAAAAAGUGACAUUGAAAAAUUUGCAAAAAUAAUUUUGAUUUUGUGCAAGUUUAUAGUUUCUGGUAAAAAUAAGCAAGAAAUAUUUUCAAAUUAGUUAAAAUAGUGUGAAAACUGCUAUAAAUAAAUAGUAAUUUGCAGUACAGUUCUUCACACUUGGUUUUAAAUUAGAGUUUAUUUUUUCCAAGUUUUUUGCAAAUUUUUCGCAAGUUCUAUCUUGUCAAUUUAAAUAAAGUUUGUGCAAUUUCUCCCCCAAAAAAUUAACUAGUAAAUUAAAUAUUUAAUAAUUAAAGUACAUGAUGACUCAAAACCUGACGAUCUUAAUUAUCUCCCUCAUUAUCGCCGUACUUUCUCUGCCGGCCCCUUCCACCGGGGACUCGGCGAAAGAAAAUAAGUAUUCAAAAGAAGCCAAUCUCAACCUCAGAGAGUUGCGUGAUCCGUUCCGCAUGGCAAAAGUUAACGCCGUCUGGAACAAGGCGUUACACAAAUUAACCGACACAAAGUUAAAAUCCUUAUACACCGAUUUAUCCGCGCAUGAUAGUGAACAAGUCAAGUUAAAACGACUCUUGAGCGAUGGUCUCGACCAGGACGGACUUCAAGAAGCCUUGGUCCGCAAGAAGUUUAAAGAAAUUCUAUCGAAUUACGGUCUCCUCGAACACUUUGGAGAAUCUCCUCCCCCAAAAAAACAGCCAGGCGAAACUUUCUCCCGAGAUCACAACGAAAUCAACAAGUCUCUCUUCAAGGAUAAGAAGCUGGCGAAAUUGUGGGAAAAAGCGGAACGGUCAGGAUUUGACGAGAAGGAACUGAAAGUUCUGAAACAGGAGUUUAUCCAUCAUCAGGAUAAAAUCGAUGAGUAUUAUUCCAUCCUGGAAAGGGAGGACUUGACGAAUAACGAGCAUUCAAAUUUUCUCGAUCCUCUCUCCCCCUCUGAACAUGAAGACCACCUCGACAAGUCUAAACUCCCCUCGAGCAAAUAUCCCACGGGGGAAGGUCGUCUCUCCAACGUGAACGAUGUCCGCACCAACCACCGCAAUAUCAAGGACGGGUAUGACAUCCUGCACAAAAAGGUCGCGUCAGGUCCAAACUCACAAGAAUUUGCGGAACCACGUGUCGCAAAUUUAUGGGAACUUGCCCGUCAAGGUGAUUUCAAUGAGGACGAGUUGGAAUCAUUACGGCAAGAACUAAAACAUUAUGAGAAACGGAUGGAAAAGAUGCACUUUUUCACAUCUGAGCUCGCCGCAAAGAAGUUGAAGCACAAUAAUAAUCCCGACAAGGAAUUUCACCACACCGAGAAGGAUACGGAAUCUUUCUACGAGGAUAAAGUAAAACGACAUGAGCGACACUUAGAAAAAUUGCACUCUCAAUUGGAAACUAAAAUUCUGAAUCGACACCAAGACGGGGAACUUUAGUUUACUUAUUUUAUACAUGUAUGAGAAUUAAGACAAGAUGACUGACUUUUUGACUAAUUAAUUAAUGAUCUGAUGAUAAUGCCAUAAUUGUAUUUAGUCUUUGUGAUGAUUAUUUUAUAUUGAUGAGAAAUAGCUGUGAAUAAGGUUCCAUUAUCGAAAACUAGCUCUUCCGACCUGUACCAGAGACAAUUUUACCAAAUAAAAAUUCCUGACUUCUUUCGAAACAUGA